UUGUUUCGUAGCUGUUUACGAAAAUGACAACAUUUGACGCGUGUCAAAAUUUUAAGUUUGUAAACACGUAAAUCAUGCUGAAAAUACAAAAACAUGAGUAAGUUAUCAAAAUUCCAGUAAACCUCCCAAAUUUGAACCCAAAAGAUCACAGAUAAGAAAACAAAACGAGACGACGCAAGUUCGAUGCCAAUUCAAAUCGUCUUAUGAUAAAGAUGUGUUUGUUUAAUUUUAGGAAACAUGCAAAACUAACGAAGAAGUCGUCGAUUAAAACGACGAAAUCGGCCUUUGAAAACGGACCGAAGAAAUCGAAAAAGUUGGAGAGAGAUUCAAAACCGAGCAGACCAAACGAAACUGUACAGAGCAAUGUCGAAAAAAAAUUGUGUAAACGUCACGAGAACGUGUCGAAAUUGAAUUCGAGCGGUCCCUUAAAUUUGAUCAAUUUGGACACAAAAUGUCCCGUGUGCCAAGACAUUCUGAGGUUGAGCAAGUUCAAUUUCGAGGAGAACUCGAAGGAGAACGUGAAAAAGGAUUCGAUUCAGGUACAGUUGACCAGUGACUUCACAACUACCGUCUUGAAAACCGGAAACAACAUUUUGUCGAAAAAUUACAUACCAAAAUUCGAAUUGUCAACGACCGACGAAAAAAAUGCAAAAGCUGUUUACGAAACAAAAAUUGCAGAGAUUUCCGACUUGUUGAACAAACACGUGGACAGACUGAGGGACAAAUCUCCGAUCGCAACCAGUGGUGGUCAACGAAACUCGUUAAAAGAGGAUAAAUUUGAAGAAAUAGCAGAGAACAAGGAAAACUUGGGCAAAACUUUGAAGAAAUCUGAAAACUUCAUCGACAAAGUUGAUAGCACUUAUUUGGAAAAACUGCAGGACAUUCGGAAACGGUACGAGGAAACGAUGCGACUCUUGGACGAGUGGGCUGCCAAAAAGAAACAGGCACAAAACUUUUUUUGCGUUCCGAACAAAAGCGUGGAACAAAUGAAACAGGAUGUUUUGAAUUUCGAACGGAAAGCAAACGACGAGAAGAUUUAUCAAAGACAAACAUCGGUGACUGUGAACGAAGAAACGACCAUGAUUUCGAACGAAGAAAGUUUUGAAUAUAUCGACGAUCAAAUUUGGGAAUACUUGACUCAAAGAUACAGAAACAGGGACAAAAAUGUGGUAACUUAAAUUAAAACAAACAAGUAAAAGUAAACAAAUAAACAAACAAACAAACAAUAAAGGAACGUACAAAAGAAACCGUAUACUUUUUUUAAUAUCAAUAAAUUUUUAUUAAAGAUUAGAAA